UAAUGUAUUGUGAUAGUUCCUUCUCCCGGUUUAUACUUCGUUCCUGUGAAAAUGUACGAAAUGUACGCUGCUUUUUUCCUGUUUCUCUCGGGCAAGAAUGGAACUCGGUCUAGAGUUUGAUGACAGCGAUUUUGCAGAGAAAAUGAAAGAAAAACCUGAGCUUAAAUCUUACAAUGCAAACAUAUGUUAUCAACAGUGGUUUCUCAGUGAAAAAGCAGAGCAAGGUAAAAACGACCUCGCCACAUUGAACAAAUUCAGGGCUGACUUUUACUACAUGAAUGGGAAGUUUGAGGAAGCAGUGGCAUGUUACAUAGCUUCUCUUGAAAAUUUAAGCAGCCAGAACAAGUCAAUGAGGCGAGAGGUACAGGAGUCUUUAAUCAGGUGCUACCUCCAGACAGGACAACUACGGCAGGCAGAGGAGGGGCUAGAACAACUGUUGCCUGACUGUGUUACUGAUGACCACUACUGCCAAGCCCUCAUUUUGAAAAAAAAGAUAUACAAGGAAUCUGGGAAUAUUGAAGCUGAAGCACAGUCCAUUCAUCAUCUACUAUUUCACCAUCCAAACAAUUCCAACUUCUGGGCCGAUCUCGGUGACUUGUAUGGUAGACAGCUUGCCUUGAAUGACAAUAGGUCACAUACAACUAACUCUGAGCAAUCUAAGACCGAGGUGUGGAGGACUGGAGCUCAUUUGUGUCCUGAAUGUUCUAGUUAUGUUGAGAAAUCAACAGCAACUUGUGAUUGUACAGAUACUCCUGGUUCUGACAAUUCAAACAAACUGAGCUCCGGACAACAAGAACCUCGAGAUUCCUGUUGUGAGAAGGAUACUUGUAGAUGUACUGACCCUACUAAUAGUGCGGAUACGCCCAACAUUGAAGGGCUGAAUUUGCAUACCAAAAUUGAUCCAAAAGACUAUGAAAAAGUAAAUGAUGGCGAUGAAGAUGGAUUAUUUGUUGGCAUUUGCCCCAAAUUGGCAAUUCUCACAUGCUACAGUAGAGCAAGGUUAUUACUGCAGUGUGUACACAGCACUGUAGGGUCGUUUAUUAAAGACAGAAAUACAGCCUUUGUUAGACAGCUGGAAGAGAAAAUACAAAAUCUGCACCUCAAAGACAGUGUUGUUGAAGCUGCUGAGCAGUUUGUUCGAAAUGACCUGUUUGAAGAUGAUCGAUUAGAAGAAACAGAGAGCAAAGAACAGGCAUUUAGUGAUGGGGCUGUGACUGUUUUUGAAUUCAACCAAAGAUGGUUCUUGAGGGCAAAGAACUUGUAACAGCAUUCAAAUGUCGUGAUAUUUGACACUUUAUUUCUCCAUGAUAAUUAUACAUUGAUUCGUUUUGUUUUAUCUACCAGCAUUAUAUUGUUAUGAAGUUUUGAUAUUAUUUUCUGCUGUAUAUUCCAUUUUAAUUAAAUUGCUUGUUCAUUUUUUUUAAAUUUAUUUGCCCUAUGAACUAUAUGAACUACCGUAAGUUUAAAUUAUCAAUACAUUAUUAAAUAUGA